AUUUAGAUAUCUCUAAGGUACGUGAAUCGUUGUGUGUGUUGCGAGAGGUGGGAGAUUAGAAGUAGAAGGGAGAUAAAUUUGAUGUCGCAUUGUCGAAUUUCGUCGUAUUUAGUGGUCAAGUACCCUUGGCAUGUUUAACAUGCGAAAGGGAUAUUCGAAACUUUUUAAAUAAGUAAAGUAUCGAUCUGAUUCCAAAUUAUAAGACAACGCCCGAUUGGGCGAAUUGUGAGCAUCGUGAGAACACAUUUGUCGGCGUCAGAUUCGUUGCCUGUUCUCUUUUACUUGAAUCAUUCGGAUUGGACCUAAUCACCAAAUUAUCUUUGUUGAUAAUCGACGGACUUCUGCAAAAUUAUUUCUGCGUUGUUGCUGAUCCUUCACUCUCUAAAAAAUUGGAAAUUCGAUCAUCAUAUCGCUCCAAUAAUAAUAAGAAAAAGGAAGCAGAGCAUCAAGAAAACGUGGACCGGAAGUUCGACGAGUAAAUAAUUCAUUUCGACUUGCUACAAGUUCGUAGGAUUUUUCUGAUAUAUAUUUUGACUAAUUGGUGAGUCCAAUUCAUUCGAUUAUAAUUUUCUUUAUUUUAUAACAAAAAAGAAAAUAACUUUAUUGCUUGACCACACAUGAAAAUUGAAUUUUAAUAUAACUAAAGAUAUAAAUUAGUAUUUCGAGAAUCUCAAAUUGAACAUAUUUUAUGACGAUUUAUAUAAAUUUUUUAAUAAUAAUAAUUUGAUAUUCGAUUUUAUUUGUAAAUUGUAUGAAUGGAUAUGUGUGUGAAUGCGUGCGUUUAAUAUUGGGCGAAAUAUCAAAUUUUUUAAUAUCGAACUCAUAACCUUAUGUGACUUUCUUUGUGUUUGUUCGUAAACUAAAAAAAAAAAAAAUAUAUAUAUAUAUGCGAUUAAUUGGUUAAUAAAUUUAUAGAGUUCUGAGAUUAUAUUUGUUUUCUUCUAACCGAAUAUUUCACUUAUCUAUUUCAUAAAAAAAAAAAAAAAAAAAUAAAUAAAUAAAUAAUUAAAGUUAAAAUCAUAUUAAAUUUGUUACAAUUGGCGCCCAACGUAGUGGCAAUUUGAGGUUUUUGUAAUUUUUGAAAUAUUUUAUAUAUUAUCAAAUUUUAAUUUGUCUGAAUUUUAUUUUCAUGAUUGAUGGUUGAAACUCGUUCUGGGAGUAAUACAAACAAAAGCGACAAGUGUGAGUCACCUCGAACAAUGUCGUUUAAUCAACAGGCAAUGGAUGAGCUGAAAGAGGAGCUGGCGAGAAUUAGCAAACAACGUAUAGAAGCCGAAAAGGAAAAUACAGUCUUGCGUCAGGAAAUAUUACGGUUCAAGGACAUAGUCGAACAUAUGAAAAAUAACAGCGAAGGUGGAAACAAGGUUGAUUCUUCUAUACAAACUGAAGAAAUUGAGGUAUUUAAAGAGAAAACUAAUUUUGUAAAUCAAAAUGUAAUCGACCAAACGACGCAUGACGAUAAUUUUGAAAAUAAAAAAAUUUUGCAACCGGGUAAUCAAUGUAAUGCUUAUGAAAAUCGAAAAUCGAUUGAUUCUUCUAAUCAAAGUUGUAUCAAUAUCGGGGGUUGUCGAAAUGAUAAACAAGAUAUUUUAGUUACGGGUUUAAUGAAUUAUUUUCAAUCAAUGCAGGUUACGACUCCUUUGCCAAAAUUUGAUGGAAUAAAAUUAAAUCCAAUAGAAUUUAUUAAACAACUUGAAAAAUAUUUUGUGAGAAAAAAUGUUUCUGAUGACGCGAAAUUAUUAAUGGUUGAAGAUGCGAUGAUAGGCCGAGCAAAAUUAUGGUAUGAUGCGCGAGUUUUCCCUUUUAUAACUUAUUCACAUUUUAAAGAUAAAUUCCUUGAGGAGUUUUAUUCGAUUGAGGCAAGAAUGGUUGCUAAAUCUAAGUGGGAGAAUCGCCGGUUUAAGGACAGUGAUCAGUCGUUGCAAGCAUACUACGUAGAGCAAUUACGCGACGCGAAAUUUUGUUUAACUUCUCUUCAAGAAUACGAAGUAAAUUAUUUGAUAGUGAAACAAUUACCGCAACGAGCUCGCGAAGUAUUGGCAACGAUUGAUUAUAUGGAUACAUCAAAAAUAAGUCAGACGUUAUCACGUUUGGAUGUGACUCGUGGUGAUGCGGAAAUAGGGGUGCCGUCAAGGUCUCAUAGUAAUAGUAAUUUUUCGGAAAAAUCUAAUAAUUGUAAAAAUCAAUUUGGGCAAGCUCGACAAGGUUAUGAUCGAUCUGAAUCUCACAAUGACGAAAAACGCGGUAAUGUAAAUUCAGCCAAGGCUGGUCCCGAAGAUAAUGAUCGUUCCCGAAAUUGGAGACAUAGGCCGGUAAAUAAUAAUCCACAAUAUUAUCGAGAACAACAACGAGAUAAAAUAUCGGAAAAUAAUCAAAUAAGGGAAAAAAAUAAUAUAAAUGAUAAUAAUCCUGGAUCGAGCGUUCGAGUGAUUAAUAAAUCGAAUAUGUCCGAGUUUUUAGAGGAUUUGUGUUGGGAUGUUGAGCCCACAAAAAAAAACGUCUGUCGAAAAUUUAGAAAUGAAAAUAGUUAGUCCUCGUAUUCGCGCGAUAAUUGAAGAAAAUGAGGUACCAAUCUUGGUUGAUAGCGGCAGCGAAGUAACAGUUAUUUCUGAGGCAUUCUAUAAUCAAUUAAAAACUAAUUGUAAAAUAACAGAAUUACCUGUAAAUAACGUGACAGUUAAU